AGCGGCUUUCGCUGGGCGUGAAAGCCGCCCCCGGGCGUUGGGGGCUCUUCUCGGGUUUUUCCUCCUCCACCCGAGUAGCCUCGGAUCCGGGGAGGGAGAAGGGCGGGAUGUGCUCAGCGGGGACGGGAAGCUUGCUGCGGCAGGCCAGAGAGAUCCAGGAUGACGAACUUAAAAAAUUCACUUCUCGGAUCUCAGCCUUCCUCCAAAAUCAAGACUUUGGAAAUGAAACGAUUGAUUCCUUGCGAAGACUAUUUCUUAUUGUCUCGGCCACCAAAUAUAGUCGGAAAUUGGAGGGCAAAGUUGUUCAGCUCCUGCAGACAACCCUGUACCUACCAAAAUCUCCCGAGCAAGUACAGAUACUUUGCAGUGCCAUAUUGAGAGAGAUAUUUUGUGAGAAUUUAUCUCUGCCUUGGGAUAAAUUCCGGGAUCCCAAGCUCUUGAGCUUAGCUUUCUCCAUCGUGCAACCCCAACCCAAUAAAAAGAGAACUGUUGAAGCUAUGGGGCAGUAUGUGAUGAAAAUUCUGGAAGGCAGACUUCCUGAAGACCAGAAUGCACGGCUUCUUCUCCCCCUCUUGUCAAAAGUCAUCAGUUCUGCACCGCUGAGCCUUAACGAAGACCAGAUCAACCUGCUCAGCAAAAGGAUGGUGGACUGGCUGCGGUACGCCAGCCUCCAGCAAGGAGCGUCCCCAGCGACCGGUGGCUUUUUCAACCCCAGAGCCAGACAGCCCGGCCCCAUCACUGAGGUAGAUGGCACGGUGGCCACCGACUUUUUCACCGUGCUCUCAGUGGGCCAGAAUUACACCGAGGACCAGUGGCUCAACAUGCAGGCUUUUUCCAUGCUGCGGAAAUGGCUCUUGUGCUACGGGAGUGACGGAACAAGCAAUCCAAAUUCAGACGACAAGUCAGAGGUGGACGGGUCUCUAGUAUCGAUGGUCUCCGUCACGUCCACUUCGAGUCGGCUCCUCCCACCGAGGGAACGCUUGAGGGAAAAGGCAUUUGAGUACUGCCAGCGGCUUCUGGAGCAGAGCAAUCGCCGGGCUCUGAAGAAAGCAGAUGCGGAGCUGCAGAAAGCUUGUCUUGUGGAAGCCGUCACCGUGAUGGACAUCAUCUGCCGGCAAGACUCCUCUUAUGUUUACCGCUCACUCUCCUGCCUGAAAAACCUCCACGGCCGGAUCAGCGGGGAUCUUUCUUAUGCCCGCGUGCUGAUCCCCAUUGCCCAGUUUUUUCUGAACCACAGUGAGACAGCAGCUGUGGACUCCGAAGCUGUUUACCGGCAUCUCUUCAGCAAAGUUCCUGCUCAGCUUUUUCACAACCUCAUCCUGGCCUAUGAAUUUCUCCAGUUCUGCCGGCAGAAUGCUAGACUUUUUACUGAGAAUUUCAGUGUCUUCCAACAGAGCACCCCCAAUCUAUUCAAGCUCCUGGCGUGGAAUAGCCCAGCCCUGAUUGUUGAAUACAUAGAUCUUUUACCAGCCCUGCUCAGCCCAGAUAAUGCCUUGGAGAUCUUCCACUUGCUGCUUGAUCUCCCUUGUUUAACAGCUGCACUGGACACCCAGCUGAGGUCUGUUCUGACCCCCCUAUCUGAGAGGUCCACCACGGAUCCAACUUCAAAGCCCGUCACGUGCCUGGAAGCCUUCCGCCACCCACAAUACAGGGGCCUCUUCCAUUAUCUCCUGCGGGUUGAGUCCACUCCCAGUGACCCUGGCAGCAGGCUGACUCCUCUCCGGCAGCUUUUGGGAUCCAUGGCCAGUAACCCUCGUGUCGGGCAAUGUGCCCAAAGCGUCCCAGUCUUACUGCAGCUCUUCUUCAGGUCGGUGUCCAAGUUUGCAGAUGACGUUCUUGCCAACAAACUGACUUUGGCAGCCCUGGAAAGGAGUGACCAGCUUUAUGAGAUCCCGUGGUUCAAGGCAGAGGUAUUCAGAGUGAUGAGUUCCCAGCUUCAGGUGUUAUGCAAGCAGCACCCCUCCUCGGUCAUGGACCUGUCCAAGCAGCUUCUGGAGUUUUCGGGAACAGUUUCCAACAUUCAAACCAAGGAGGACCUCUUCACUCACGUGGUCUGGGCCAUUGGUGAAUAUGCAUCAGUGUCGCAUGAUAAAAGGUGCACGGUGGAGCAGAUCAACACCUUCUUUGAAGUUCUGGAAGCCAUGCUCUUCGAGAUCACCCAGCUGCGACCCUCAGCUAACAUCCCCAAGUACUCCCCCCGUGUGAUUGCGGUCCUCAUGACUGCAUUGACCAAGCUAGCAUCUCGCAGCCAGGACCUGAUCCCCAGAGUUUCUCUCUUCCUGUCUAAGAUGAAGAUAUUUAUCCAGACCCCAGCCGUUUCCUCUGGGUACAGCGCUGAAGAUGUGGAAGCGAUCCUAUCCCGGGCUACAGAACUGACGAACUUACUGAAAAUGCCCAGCGUGGCUCAGUUUGUGCUAAGGCCAUCGUCCGAGGACCAACGUCACCGGGAGACCCACAUCCCUUUGCUGCUUGCCAUGAAGAUGACCAGCCAGCUUUUGGAAGGAGGAACUGGAUCUGUUCCUGGGUGAGGAAGCCCUCAAGACAAACCUAAUGAUAUUAAGGGUCUCUUCCUGGUGGGGGUAGAUCUUGCUUGUGCCUUCUCCAUUUCUGAGGACUCUUAAGGCCCUUCUUCACCGUCCCCCAGCAUCCUUGGGUGUCUUUACCAUUGAUGGCACGCGUUCCCUGCAUCGGUACAUCUUGCACCUUAGUUUAUUAAAAGCAUUAAUAGUAUACGCAUCCUCCUCUAGCUUUAGCUGGGUUAAACGAACAAAGUGUCCUUCACUGAUUAGUGACCUUGGGAAGGAGCUGGCCCAAGGAAGAAGCCUCCCAGGUCCACCUCUGGGAGAGUUGGCCUCUGGAUUCCCAGUAGCGAGGGGAGAAGAGCAAACGCUGUAUGAUCCCUCAAGGACCAGCUUCCCUCCCCCUUCUGAGUUGAUCUGGGUCCAGAUAAAAGAUGGGUCUCUCAUUCCAUGCCUGACUAUAACAAUACGGUAGGUUAGUCCCAACUGGUUAUUCCUUGUCUCCACCCCACCCCCACCCCUUAAAUGGGUUUGGAAGCACAGACUUGAACACAGCGAUGCAUUACGUUCUCCCUUUACUUCAUCACAUUCUUCAUCACAGAAGGUAGCAGUUGGAAUUCACCCACCUAACGUCCUUUGCCACAUUACAACUAUAUACAUUCCCCACCCACCUCCAAGAUGCAGAGCAGAUGAAGAAAUACGAGCAUGGGAAGGCGGUCGCCCUUAGCUCUUUACAAGCCAAAGAUUCUCAUUCUGUGGAAAAGGAACUGGCAACCUCUAUUUCCCCCUUCAGUUUUCAGGAAAUGGUUGUGAAAUUUGCCUGGACAAUGGUAACACGUCUGCUGUUUCUCGGGGUGAGCAGAAUCCUGGGAGGCAAGUUUAUGAUCGAUCGGUUGACUCUAUGGAUCUUGUUUACCGCUUUGUCAAUAGCACCAGAGCUGUGAAGGGAGGGGAUUUGUGGUUCAGGAAGGAUGGAAGAGCCACAGGGAGUCCCCGGGUUAAGAACACCCGGGUUACAGACAACCCAUAGUUAAGAAUGGAACCUGUUGUAGCAAA